GAUGUUGCAAGCAAGGUAAUACUUACGUAUAAAGAUGUUCACCAGCCUCCUGAAAUGUUUUCUGCAGAAAAAUGCAAACAACAAUAUUAUGAUCUUAAACAAAAAGGAGAAGUUGAUAUGCAAAGACUUAUUGAUGAGAAUAUAGAUAUAACCAAAAUUUUGAACAUUAGUGGAAAUGUAAAUAAAGUUGCUGUUUCUACAUCCUGUAGUGCAAAACAUUCCACUUCUCCCAUUCCAUUGAAAUCUGCAUUGAUGAGUGUGGUUUGUGAAAAUAGAAUUCCUGAAGAAAUGAAAAAGAGAACAUGCCAGAAGGGAUCAGAAGCAAGAGAAACUCAAAGAUGGGUACUUACAGACCACUCAAAACAAACUCCAAAACUACCUGUUAAUGCAAUCAGUGAUGAGAACAUUAAAAGCCAAUAUUCUACUAGCUCAAAGAAACUCAUGUCAGAAGUUGAGGAAGAGUCUUGUGUUAGACAAGGAGAUGUGGAUUAUUCAGUAACCAAUUGGAUGGGACAACUUUCUCUUGUAGAAGCAAGUGAUGACCAUGAAACAUGCUCAGAGAGUAAUGAAAGAGUAAUUGUAACAGCUGAUGAUGUAUAUUCUAUUUCAGUUGUGGCAGAGUCAUGUGUUAGCAAAGAAGGAAGUGAUUAUUUAGUCCUAGAUAACAUGAGAAAACUUUCCUUUGUGGAUACUAGUGAUGACUAUCGAACACAACUAGUUGUGAAAGACUCUUGCAUAGGCACAGAGAGUAAUUCUUUAACUACUGAUUUUGUUCCAGGAAGUGAAUACCUUCAAACACAACCAGUUCUAAUUGUCAACAAACAUGAAUGUGAGGAUACUCUAAUUGAAUUGCUGAAAUCAACACCAAAAAUGAAUGAUUUAAAGUUCAAAGAAGAUAUUGAAACAGUUUGGCAGAAAUCACCAGUACUAAUGGAGAAACCAAUAGCCAAAUCUGAGCUUCGUAGUCGUAUUUCAAGUGAAGAUGAUAUUCACACUGUUUUAGAAGAUACUUGCAGAAGAGAUAAGAGUCAAGAGGAGAUUUAUUUUCAAAGACAACAUCACCUAAAGGAGACAGUGCAAAACACGUUUUUAAAUAAUCACCCAAAUUGUUUGGAGAAGCUUCUUACUACAAGCGAAAUUAAAGAGUCUAGAGUAAGCAAUGAAGAUCCUGAUCUAACAAUAACAGCCUCGAUGAAGAAAUAUGAGUACAGAGAAAACAUAGAUCCUCCUUGUAAAACAUUUUCAAUAGAAGGGGAAAUGAGGAAUGCUGAAAUCUUGAAGCAGAAUAAAAUCUGGAAAGAAAAUAAUAAUGAUAAAAAAAAAGAUAAUUUAAAUUAUAAGAAAAAACACAUAGAAGAACAGACUAAAAUAGUGCUGAAAAACCAAGGAGUGAGUGAACAGAAAUUAAAGUCCAUGAAUAAAUCGUUGAUGUUUUUGUACAACCAACUAACUGAGUUUAAAAAUGCUCAAAUAUUUAAAAAGCCAGUCACAGAAGAAGAGGCUCCAGAUUACAAGAGUAUUAUUUUUAGGCCAAUGGACUUUCCAACUAUCAAAAAAAAUAUACAGUCCGGUGCUAUAAGCAAUAUUACCGAACUGGAAAACGAUGUUUUAUUAAUGAUUGACAAUGCACUUCUCUAUAACCCAUGUACUCAUAUAGUACAUAAGAUGGCAAAGGAAAUGCGAGGUGCAGUUUUAGAAUUCUUCCAG